GAGAGACGUAUACGUACGGGAUCCUACCCACAAUUCCAUUCCAUCAAAGAUUUAUUAUUCUUCAGCUGAUCAGAAGGAAUCUUUAAAGAAAGCUUGAUCUCUCCCUUUCUCCCAUCCCUUUAUGAAUAAUUCUCACAGUAAUAUGGUCCCCGUCUAGCUAGCUCCAUCGGUUGAUAUCCCCUCAAGAAAAGUGACAUGAUUAAUUUUGUUUUCUAACUAGCUCGAACUUGUCUCUUCAAUCACACCAUGCACCUGCGUCUCUAUCUCUAGCGGGCUCCUCCUCCUCCAGACAGAAGAGAAGAGAAGAUACACGUAUUUUUAUUCUAGUCUGAAUUACUGCUAUACUGAAGCUAGCCAGGAUUAAGAUAUAUAUAAAACCAGCUGAGCUUCUGGGCAACAUGUUAGAUUUAGGUGCUGCUGCUGCUGCUGCUGCUGCUGCUGCUGCAAAUCUUAAGCUAUUAAUUCGGAUGGAUUGGCCGCAGCUACAGUCACCCUGUUUGCGGGAGCACAUAACCAUAGGUGUACAGCUUGGGUUCCUCGGAAUCUUGUUACUUCAUCUUCUACGAAAAUGCGCAGACCUAGCUUUCAAUGGUGGAACAAAGACCACAGAUCAAGGCAAGGAGAAUUACCACAUUGGAUUGAAGUUCAGCAACUCUUACAAAGCGAGCAUGGUUUGUUCGACUUGUCUGCUGGGAGUCCAUAUCUCAAUGCUACUGGUGCUGUUAAAUGGUCAAGAGACCAGUUGCAACUCCAUAGUACGAGUCUUUUCAGCUGAGGUCUUGCAAAUGAUAUCAUGGGCAAUUACACUGGUUGCAGUCUUUAGGAUUUUUCCGAGUAGAAGGUAUGUCAAGUUCCCUUGGAUUAUAAGAGCAUGGUGGCUUUGCAGCUUCAUGCUGUCCAUUGUCUGCACAUCUUUAGAUAUCAACUUCAAAAUUACAAACCAUGGCCAUCUUAGGCUACGAGAUUAUGCAGAGCUCUUUGCUCUCCUCCCAUCCACAUUCCUGCUAGCUAUUUCAUUUCGAGGGAAGACAGGCAUAGUCUUUAAUGCAUUUAAUGGCGUCACCGACCCACUUCUCCAUGAAAAGAGUGAUAAAGAUUCAGACACCAAGAGAGAAUCACCAUAUGGAAAAGCUACACUCCUCCAGCUGAUUACCUUCUCUUGGCUCACCCCGUUGUUUGCUGUUGGUUACAAGAAACCUCUUGAACAGGAUGAAAUCCCAGAUGUUUAUAUCAAGGAUUCUGCUGGAUUCCUCUCCUCCUCCUUUGAUGAGAAUCUAAAUCAAGUUAAGGAGAAAGAUAGAACCGCAAACCCCUCUAUCUACAAGGCAAUCUUUUUGUUCAUCAGAAAGAAAGCAGCAAUUAAUGCAUUAUUCGCAGUUACCAGUGCAGCAGCAUCAUAUGUUGGUCCCUACCUCAUUGAUGACUUCGUGAAUUUCCUAACCGAGAAGAAAACCAGGAGCUUACAGAGUGGCUACCUUCUUGCAUUAGGGUUUCUAGGUGCAAAGACAGUGGAGACAAUAGCGCAGAGACAGUGGAUAUUUGGAGCCCGACAGCUCGGCCUUCGUCUUAGAGCCUCCCUGAUAUCUCACAUUUACAAGAAGGGCCUACUCUUGUCAAGCCAAUCCCGCCAAAGCCACACCAGUGGAGAGAUAAUCAACUACAUGAGUGUAGAUAUCCAACGAAUUACAGAUUUCAUCUGGUACUUGAACUAUAUAUGGAUGUUGCCUGUACAAAUUACCUUAGCAAUCUACAUUCUACAUACAACUCUAGGUUUGGGGUCAAUGGCAGCAUUAACUGCAACUUUAGCAGUGAUGGCUUGCAACAUACCCAUAACAAGAUUCCAGAAAAGAUACCAGACUAAGAUCAUGGAAGCCAAGGACAAAAGAAUGAAAGCCACUUCAGAAGUCCUUCGGAACAUGAAGAUACUAAAACUCCAAGCAUGGGACACUCAAUUCCUACACAAGAUAGAAAGCUUGAGGAAAAUAGAGUAUAAUUGUCUAUGGAAGUCUCUCAGGCUUUCAGCAAUUUCAGCUUUUGUCUUCUGGGGAUCACCCACGUUUAUCUCUGUGGUCACGUUUGGUGCAUGUAUGCUAAUGGGAAUCCAACUCACAGCAGGAAGAGUCCUAUCAGCAUUGGCCACCUUCCGAAUGUUGCAGGACCCCAUAUUCAAUCUACCUGACCUGCUCUCUGUGAUUGCACAGGGAAAAGUUUCAGCAGAUAGAGUUGCUUCCUUCCUUCAGGAAGGUGAAAUUCAGCAUGAUGCCACUGAGCAUGUUCCAAAAGAUCAAGCAGAGUAUGCAAUUAGUAUUGAUGAUGGACGAUUCUGCUGGGACUCCGAUUCAAGCAACCCAACCCUUGAUGAAAUACGGUUGAAAGUGAAGAGAGGUAUGAAAGUCGCAAUUUGUGGGACCGUGGGAUCAGGCAAGUCCAGCCUGCUUUCUUGCAUUCUUGGAGAAAUACAGAAGUUGUCAGGGACAGUGAAGAUCAGUGGCGCAAAAGCUUACGUUCCUCAAUCUCCAUGGAUACUGACAGGAAAUAUCAGGGAGAACAUACUAUUUGGGAAUCCAUAUGACAGUGUCAGGUAUUACAGAACAGUUAAAGCAUGUGCUUUGUUGAAGGAUUUUGAACUGUUCUCCAGUGGUGACUUAACUGAUAUUGGAGAAAGAGGGAUAAACAUGAGCGGGGGACAGAAGCAGAGGAUACAGAUAGCUCGUGCAGUUUACCAGGAUGCUGAUAUAUAUUUAUUUGAUGACCCUUUCAGUGCUGUAGAUGCUCAUACAGGAUCCCAACUCUUUCAGGAAUGCCUAAUGGGAAUUCUCAAAGAUAAGACUAUAAUUUAUGUCACCCAUCAAGUGGAGUUUCUUCCUGCUGCAGACAUCAUUCUGGUGAUGCAAAAUGGAAGAAUAGCAGAGGCUGGAACAUUUAGUGAACUUUUGAAACAGAACGUAGGAUUUGAAGCUUUAGUCGGUGCUCAUAGCCAAGCUCUAGAAUCAGUCCUUACAGUUGAGAAUUCGAGGAGAACAUCUCAAGAUCCAGAACCUGACAGUGAAUCUAAUACAGAAUCCACUUCAAACUCAAACUGUCUCUCACAUUACGAGUCGGACCAUGACCUCUCUGUAGAAAUAACAGAAAAGGGAGGAAAAUUCGUGCAAGAUGAAGAGAGAGAGAAAGGAAGCAUUGGAAAAGAAGUUUACUGGUCAUACUUGACCACUGUGAAAGGUGGUGCCCUGGUCCCAUGUAUAAUCUUAGCACAGUCAUUAUUCCAAAUUUUACAGAUAGUUAGUAACUACUGGAUGGCAUGGUCUUCUCCUCCUACAAGUGACACUGCUCCAGUAUAUGGGAUGAAUUUCAUAUUGCUUGUUUAUACACUACUUUCUAUUAGUAGUUCACUAUGUGUCCUGGUCCGAGCCACACUAGUAGCAAUAGCAGGACUUUCAACAGCACAAAAGCUCUUCACAAACAUGCUGCGUAGUCUACUCCGAGCUCCAAUGGCAUUUUUUGAUUCAACCCCAACCGGAAGGAUAUUAAACCGAGCAUCAAUGGAUCAAAGCGUCAUAGACAUGGAAAUUGCACAAAGACUCGGCUGGUGUGCUUUCUCAAUAAUACAGAUUCUAGGGACCAUUGCAGUGAUGUCCCAGGUCGCAUGGGAAGUGUUUGUGAUCUUCAUUCCAGUAACUGCAGUCUGCAUAUGGUACCAACAAUAUUACACGCCAACAGCAAGAGAACUGGCUCGCUUAGCAGGGAUACAACAAGCCCCGAUCCUCCAUCAUUUUUCAGAAUCACUAGCAGGAGCAGCAACAAUUCGUGCUUUUGAUCAACAAGAACGUUUUUAUUGUUCAAACCUUGAUCUGAUAGACAACCACUCAAGGCCAUGGUUUCAUAAUGUAUCUGCAAUGGAAUGGCUUUCUUUCAGGCUGAAUUUGCUAUCCAAUUUUGUGUUUGCCUUCUCAUUGGUUUUGCUGGUGAGCCUUCCUGAAGGAGUAAUCAGUCCAAGCAUUGCUGGGUUAGCUGUAACAUAUGGAAUAAACUUGAAUGUUUUGCAAGCUUCCGUCAUAUGGAACAUAUGCAAUGCAGAAAAUAAAAUGAUCUCAAUAGAAAGAGUACUUCAGUACUCCAGCAUAACGAGUGAAGCGCCCCUUGUGCUUGAGCAGAGCAGGCCUCCAAACAAGUGGCCAGAAGUAGGAGCGAUCUGCUUCAAAGAUUUGCAGAUUCGCUACGCAGAGCAUCUGCCAUCUGUUCUGAAAAACAUUAACUGUGCAUUUCCUGGAAGAAAAAAGGUUGGAGUUGUAGGAAGGACAGGAAGUGGGAAAUCAACCCUCAUACAGGCAAUUUUCAGAAUUGUGGAACCCAGAGAGGGAAGCAUUAUCAUCGAUGAUGUGGACAUUUCAAAGAUAGGUCUUCAAGACUUGAGAUCAAGGCUUAGCAUCAUCCCCCAAGACCCAACAAUGUUUGAGGGAACAGUGAGGGGAAACCUUGACCCACUGGGUCAGUACUCUGACUAUGAAAUAUGGGAGGCUCUAGAAAAGUGUCAACUAGGAGAUUUGGUGCGCGGAAAAGAUGAAAAGUUGGACUCCCCAGUGGUGGAAAAUGGAGAAAAUUGGAGUGUGGGUCAAAGGCAACUAUUCUGUUUGGGAAGAGCAUUGCUAAAGAAAAGCAGGAUUCUUGUACUGGAUGAAGCAACAGCAUCAGUCGAUUCAGCAACUGAUGGGGUGAUACAAAAGAUCAUCAGUCAAGAAUUCAAAGAUCGAACAGUGGUCACAAUAGCUCACAGAAUCCACACAGUCAUAGACAGUGAUCUUGUUUUGGUCCUUAGUGAUGGGAGAGUUGCAGAGUUUGAUACGCCAGCAAGGCUACUAGAAAGGGAGGAAUCUUUCUUUUCAAAGCUUAUAAAAGAGUAUUCCAUGAGAUCUCAGAGCUUCAACAACUUAACAAACGUGCACGCAUAAUCAAGUAGUUGGAACAUUUGGUAGAGCAAUGGUAGAGAUGAUGAUGAUGAUGAUGAUGAUCGGUAAAAGUAGACAGAAAAUAACCAGGCCACAGAGCAUCCAUUAGCCAAAUAAUCAUAUAUGAAAACGAAUUCAAUGAUUUAUGAGCCCACCAACAGUGUGUAUGCAAGUGGAUACAGAAUGAAGCGGCCUAGCCUUUGUGGCGGGUGGCGGGUGGCGGGUGGGGAGAAGGGGGGUAAUGGAAUUGCAGUGUCUUUCUAGUGAAUAAAAAGGCAAAUGUUUGCUUUAGUUGAAGUAAUAACUGUACAAUUGCAGAAUACGUAUAUUCAGAGGGUAAUACUAACUGCUGUGCGUGCUGUACCUUUCCAAA